AUGUCUAGGUCUGUGGAACCUCUUAUUGUGGGGCGGGUGAUUGGAGAAGUUCUUGAUACAUUUAACCCAUGUGUGAAGAUGGUAACGACCUAUAACUCCAACAAGCUUGUCUUCAAUGGCCAUGAGCUCUACCCAUCAGCGGUUGUAUCUAAACCACGAGUAGAGGUCCAAGGGGGUGACUUGCGAUCCUUGUUCACACUGGUUAUGACAGACCCUGAUGUGCCAGGGCCAAGUGAUCCAUAUCUAAGGGAGCACCUUCACUGGAUUGUUACUGAUAUACCUGGGACAACAGAUGCUUCUUUUGGACGGGAAGUCAUAAGCUAUGAGAGCCCAAAGCCCAACAUAGGCAUCCACAGGUUCAUUUUUGUGCUCUUCAAGCAGAAGCGAAGGCAGACUGUAACUGUGCCUUCCUUCAGGGAUCAUUUCAACACCCGUCAGUUUGCUGCGGAGAAUGACCUCGGCCUCCCUGUGGCAGCUGUCUACUUCAACUGUCAGAGGGAGACUGCUGCCAGGAGGCGCUGAAAAUCCAGCUCUCGUUCUCCCAGUUAUGACAAAUAAAGGCCUAUGGAGUUCCAAUCUUCUUUUCGAAGUGGAUACUCGUCUGCUACAUUACUUGCUCGUGAACCAAUGCUUCCUUGCCACAUUACUUGCUCAUGGAUCUACAAAUAAAUCAAAUGCAUUUUGCAGAUUGUAUUAGAAUUAGAUUGUUUUGUAAGCAGUAAGAUUGAUAAUCAUGUUGACAAAUGCCAGUGCAGCAAGUGGUCCAUGUUUGUGGUUCCAAGUCGUGCAUUAGCCAGUUAUCACGAAAUCCAGGGUCAAGUAGACAAUCCUAACUGGCAAAAAGGCUUUAUCUACUGUAUGUCGCAUGCUGGUUCCAUGUUAUGUGCACCUUUUCGGCUUUUCUGACAAGCAAUCUCCUGUAACAGAACUUUGUUAGAUAUUGUUGUGUCACCUCAUAGAACAAUGAAAACCCUCCUAACUGUAUUGCACUGCCACUAUAUUCAGAGAGGCAUGGAGAUAUCCAACGAUCUAGAGGAUCACCCACUAGAAAUGCUAAAAGUAUGCAGUGGGAACCCCACCCCCCACCCUAUUUUGCCUUCAUCGUGUCCUUACACCCAAUGACAAAACAAUAUCCAUUUGAUACACAUUGCAUAUUAAUAAUUUACUCAAAUUUAGCUGUAAACUGACCCUCUUUUCCCCAUCCUCUAGAAAUAUGGUAGUACCUUGUACACAUUCAUUAUUUGUAGUACCUUGUACACAUUUGACAUUUUGCUGAGUCCAAGCCAUACAAGAUAGGAGGCAUUUUAACGGCCUGGCAAUUCAGAUCAAGCCUGACCUGGCACAUGUCGAAGGAUCCAUUAGAGCAACCAGCCAACCAGUUCAUUAUUAUUAUUUGGGCCAAUUCAUCCUGAACCCAACUGAUAAAAAAUAGGCAGGUAGACCUUGGCAAAUGAAUAAGACAUGGUUUGCAACUUUCAAGCGGAGGAGGUAGAUCAGGACGUACCAUUUGCUCACGAUGGUAAACUCGACCUACUUUGGACAAUUAAUGUAGAAAAACAUGCAGGCAAAUAAAUGAGGGGAAAAUAAUAUAGAAACGAACAGUUUUGGAGUUUUGGGAACUAAAUGAAAGUCAAUAGAACUGCUAGUCCGCCUGGAAGCUCACCUGGAAAAACUGGGCGCCGCAGCGCGUCCGUUUCUUCCACUGGCUCGCCCACCUCGACAGGUGUUGGACCGCAGACCGGCUCGCUCGCCGUGGACUGCAACACCCCGCACGGUGCCCCCUCUGCGACCAGGCGCCUGAAACCAUGCACCACCUCAUCCUCGCAUGCCCCUUAGCCCGGCAGACUUGGCACGAGACACUAAGUUGGCUACGGAUCCCAUGCACCCCACCAGACGACGAGCCCUCGCUUCUGGACUGGUGGCAAUCGGCGCGACACUCCACCCCAACGCCCAUGCGCAAGGGCCUCGGUACCGUGAC